AACCGCCUACCUCUUUGUUUUCCACAUGUGACCUAAUCUCCCCAUUAUUUUCAUAUAUCCCCAGGUAGCAUGUCGUCAUACGUUCUCAAUACCGGCGACUGGCUCGAACCAGGUCAUAGUCUGAGGAGUAGAAACGGCGGAGUGGAGUUUAGCGUGCAAGCUGAUGGCACGAUCGCCCUCUAUCACUGGGGUCAAUGUGUGUUCCAGAACACAACCGAGCAGCGCAACGAUAUCAAGGGUUUGAAGAUGAACAAAGAUGGAAAUCUUUGUCUGUAUACCAAACAUGGCAAAGCCGUCUGGCAGACUGACACAGCGUAUCCCAUAGGGGACCGCAGUGUGGUCUGCGUCGUGCAGGAUGAUGGUAACAUCGUUCUGUACAGGGGUGACAGAGCCAUUUGGUCCUCUAAUACCCCAAUUGCUCUUGAUCAUGUUUGCUUUGGCAGUUGCAUUCGGAGUCAUGGGGAUCCCAGGGGCUUGGAGAAAUAGGGGUUUUGUAUUAUCCUUCGCGUGUAAUCCGUAUAUACAGCCUGUAAUUUUAUCACAAUGCUAGAUAUCAAAUUCCCGUGCUUGAUAUACGAAAAGGUCAGCAUUGGAUAGUCUUGCAUAGCCUGAUGUAUCCUCAAUGCACUAUUUAUAUCGAAACCUAUACCUGGCAGGUAAUCUGCACAUCCGCGGGUUUUACUGUGCUCUUAAAUCCUCAGGCACGGUAUUGGA